GUAUCUCCAGGAGUAUGCGGCGCUGGGCACGGGUGGUGGCAUCUAUCACUUCCGAGACCAGAUCCUGUCAGGUGGUGCUGAGGCCUUCUUUGUCCUCAACGCAGACGUGUGCUCAGAGUUCCCCUUGCAGGAGAUGCUGGAGUUCCGGCGGCAGCACGGGGAUGCGCACAGCUUUGUCAUUCUGGGUACCACAGCCAACAGGACGCAGGCACUGAAUUAUGGCUGUAUCGUGGCGAACGCAGACACGCAGGAGGUCCAGCACUACGUAGAGAAGCCCAGCACGUUUGUGAGUGAGAUCAUUAACUGUGGCAUCUACUUGUUCUCACCUGCCAUCUUCCAGCACAUCGGCGAGGUCUUCCAGAGGAACCAGCAGGAGCUCGUGCUCUGUCCUUACCUUGGAGAAGAGAGUUCCAAUGGCUGGCAGCGUGCAGAAGUGAUCCGGCUAGAGCAGGACGUUUUCACGGCGCUGGCUGGGAGCGGCAAACUCUAUGUCUACAAAACUGAUGGCUUCUGGAGCCAGAUCAAGUCAGCUGGUUCUGCUAUCUAUGCAAGCCGCCUUUACCUGAACCAGUACAGCAAAAGCCACCCAGAGAGGCUGGCCCAGAACAAACCUGGAGGCCCUGUCAUCCGAGGGAAUGUGUACAUUCACCCGACAGCCUCCAUCGACAGCACUGCAGUGCUGGGCCCCAACGUCUCCAUUGGGGAGGGGGUGACGGUGGGAGCUGGCGUGCGCGUGCGAGAGUCCAUCGUCCUGCAUGGUGCCUCACUCCACGACCACACCUGUGUCCUCAAUACCAUCGUGGGCUGGGACAGCACCAUCGGGCGCUGGGCCCGGGUUGAAGGAACGCCCAGUGACCCCAACCCCAAUGAUCCCUAUGCCAAGAUUGACAGCGAGACCCUUUUCCGGGAUGGGCGCCUCACGCCGUCCAUCACAAUCCUGGGCUGCAGUGUCACUAUCCCUGCUGAGGUCGUUAUUCUCAACUCCAUCGUCCUUCCUCACAAGGAGCUGAGCCGCAGCUACAAAAACCAGAUUAUCCUGUGA